AUGGUAUCCAGUCAACAAGAGAGGCCCCGGCGUCCGAUCCGAAUUGGAAAUGCGUCAGGGGCGAUCGGUGAUGGGAUAGACCAAGUCUUCCGCCUUGCUUCGUCCGGCGAUGUGGAUGCCAUCACUGCCGAUUACCUCGCUGAGUUCAACAUUGCCUGGAAGGCCAUCGAGCUGCAGACAAAUCCAGAGCUUGGCUAUGAACCCAACUUUCUGGAGCAGCUUGCAUGGGAGAAUGGGGCGGGCGCGAAAGCAGUUGCCCGCAACAAGGUGAAGGUGGUCCAUGACGGUGGCGCUCUGAAUCCCAAGGGCUUGGCCAAGAAAGUAGAUGAAUACUUCAAGUCUUUGGGUAUUUCAGACGUCAAAGUAGCCUGGAUCGAGGGAGACAAUGUGACCGAGCAGGUCAAAAGCAACAAGUUGGUCAAUCUUCAACAUCUCGACCAAAACGGUAUCACAUUCAGCAACAGCGACGAUGCACCUACACUUGCAGCGAAUGUCUACACAGGCCAGGAAGGCAUUGUGAGAGCGCUGGAAGCUGGGGCAGAUAUUGUGAUAUGCGGGCGAUGCUGCGAUGCCUCCCCUGUCAUGGGUUUGGCGACUUGGUGGCACAGUUGGGGCCCCUCCGACUACGAUCCUCUAGCUGGAAGUCUCAUGGCCGGCCAUCUGAUCGAAUGCGGUGCUUAUGUGACUGGCGGGAACUACUGUGGCGCUAUGGAAGUUCCUGAGCUCCAUCAUGUCGGAUAUCCCAUCGCGGAAAUCUCCUUCGAUGGAAGCACCGUCAUCACCAAAUCUGAUGGAUCCAACGGCGCGGUGACGGUGGACACCUGCACCGCUCAACUUCUCUACGAGAUCCAAGGCCACCGGUAUCUAAACCCUGACGUGACGGCCUUCAUUGGGCAAGCGAAGCUGGCGCAGAUCGGUCCCAACCGUGUGAGGCUAUCAGGGAUAGCUGGGCUUCCUCCCCCGGAAACAUCCAAAGUAGCUAUUUGCCAGCUGGGCGGUUAUCAAGCCGAGAUAUCUGCCUAUGCUGCUGGGCUCAACACAGACUUCAAGUUCAAUCUCAUGAAAAACCAGGUCCUUGGGCGAGUGAACAUGGCAGACUUUUCAACUUUCAGCAUCGAAAAGUACGGCAGCUCCCUCCCCGACCCUCGAUCUCAAAAAGAGUGUACUGUUCAGAUUCGCAUGUUUGCCCAGAGCCCCAACAAAGAGGCAUUCUCCCAGUUUCGGAGGGCAAUCUUCUACAACGGCAUGCAGGGAUAUUGCGGGCUACAUCUUGGAAUGGAUUGGAGGACCAUGGAGCCGAAGCCUUACGUCAGGUAUUUCCCUGCAUUGAUCGACCGAAGCUCCCUGCCAGAUCUUUCUGUCAAGUUUGUGUCUGGAGAAGUCUUUGCUGUUCCUUCAAGGGGACCGCUGAUAAAAUCUGCUACUCUGUUACCAAGCCCAGAACAAUCGCAUCCCUCUGUGUUUGACACAAGCGAUGCCCACGCCAUGGUCGUCAGGCCAUUGGGUGACCUUUUCUUUGCCCGCAGUGGCGACAAAGGAGGUAACGCGAAUGUUGGCUUCUGGGUACGCUCAGAGAAGGCCUACCCUUGGGCAAGAAAGUUUCUGGCUUCUGCCAAGCUGGUCGAGCUGCUUGCGGAUGAUUGGGAUGACAGGUACACUGUUGAGCGAUGUGAGUUUCCUCAUGUACGGGCGGUACACUUCGUCAUCAAAGGCAUCCUGCAAGAAGGCGUCAGUAGCAGUAGUGUCUUGGAUGGGUUUGGAAAAAGUAUAGGGGAGUUUUUGAGAGCAAGGAGGGUCGAAUUGCCCGUAGAUCUAGUGCAGGACGAGGACAACAGGAGAAAGCGGGAUGAAUCUCUAUGCGGCAUCAUCCUUCUGGGCCUCGUCACGUUCUACCACCUGCUCCUGCUCGAUAUCACGCUUCACCUCGACAGACUCCUCCUCAGCACGCUUAGCCUGGUCCAUCUCCUCGCGCUUGGCAAACUCCUCCUCCUCGCGCUUGACGAAGUCGGACUCCUCACGCUUCUCGGGCACCUCCUCCUCGCGCUCGUAGAGAUCAUCCUCAUCGCGCUCGUAAAGCUCGUCGUCGAAUUCGCGCUCGAACAGCUCGUCAUCGAACUCACGCUCGAACAACUCGUCGUCGAAUUCACGCUCAAAGAGAUCCUCCUCGUCAAAGUCGCGCUCAAAAAGGUCCUCAUCGAACUCAUCACGCUCGAAAAGAUCCUCCUCGUAGUCACGCUCCCAGAGAUCAUCCUCAUCGCGCUCAUACAGGUCCUCAUCAUCUCGCUCAAACAGCUCAUCGUCGAAAUCGCGCUCGUACAAGUAGUCCUCGUCGAAGUCGCGCUCGUACAGCUCAUCAUCGAAAUCGCGCUCGAAGAGUUCAUCCUCGAAGUCACGCUCGAAAAGCUCGUCAUCAAAGUCGCGCUCAUAGAGCUCAUCUUCGAAAUCACGCUCAUACAGAUCCUCCUCAUCACGCUCAAACAGCUCGUCAUCGAAUUCACGCUCGAACAGCUCAUCAUCGAAGUCUCGCUCAAAGAGCUCGUCAUCGAAGUCACGCUCGAACAGCUCAUCGUCGAAGUCGCGUUCGUAGAGCUCGUCAUCGAAGUCUCGCUCAAAGAGCUCAUCAUCGAAUUCACGCUCGAACAGCUCGUCAUCGAAGUCACGCUCGAAGAGCUCGUCAUCAAAUUCACGCUCGAAGAGCUCAUCGUCGAAGUCGCGUUCGUAGAGCUCAUCAUCGAAGUCUCGCUCAUAGAGUUCAUCAUCGAAGUCACGCUCGAAGAGCUCAUCGUCGAAGUCGCGUUCGAAGAGCUCAUCGUCGAAUUCACGCUCGAACAACUCAUCGUCGAAGUCACGCUCGUAAAGCUCGUCAUCGAAGUCGCGCUCAUAGAGUUCAUCAUCGAAGUCACGCUCGAAGAGAUCAUCUUCAAAAUCGCGUUCGUAGAGCUCGUCGUCAAAGUCGCGCUCAUAGAGUUCAUCAUCGAAGUCACGAGUAUAGAGAUCAUCCUCGAAAUCGCGUUCGUAGAGCUCGUCAUCAAAGUCACGUGCGUAGAGUUCAUCCUCGAAGUCGCGCUCGUAAAGCUCGUCAUCGAAGUCACGCUCCUCAAUGUCAUCCUCAAGGGCACGGGCAAACACGUCCUCAACGGCUUCGAGAACAUCGCGCUCGUAAAGAUCCUCAUCGCGGGUGUAAAGACCAUACUCUUCCUCUUCGAAGGCUCGGCGCUCAAGUUCGCCACGGACAGCCUCGAGGACAUCACGCUGGUCACGCUCGUAGAGCUCGUCGUCAAAGUCGCGCUCGUAGAGAUCAUCUUCGUAGAAGUCACGCUCCUCAAGCUCGUCGUCGAAGUCACGAGCGUAAAGAUCAUCUUCAAAAUCGCGCUCAUAAAGCUCAUCAUCCUCGAAGAAGUCGCGCUCAUAGAGCUCGUCAUCGAAAUCGCGCUCGUAGAGAUCGUCUUCGUAGAAAUCACGCUCCUCAAGCUCGUCGUCGAAGUCGCGCUCAUAGAGGUCAUCCUCGUAGAAGUCACGUUCCUCAAGCUCGUCGUAGAAGUCACGUUCCUCGAGCUCGUCAUCGAAGUCGCGCUCGUAAAGCUCGUCGUCGAAGUCGCGCUCAUAGAGAUCAUCCUCGUAGAAAUCACGUUCCUCAAGCUCGUCGUAGAAGUCACGCUCCUCGAGCUCAUCAUCGAAAUCGCGCUCAUAAAGCUCGUCGUCGAAGUCACGCUCGAAGAGGUCGUCCUCAUAAGAACGGCGGGCAAGCUCAUCCUUGAUGGAGUCAAUCAGGAACUCGCGCUUGGCAAUGUAGGCCUCCUCAUCGUCAAAGUCACGCUCGAGGAGGAGGUCAUCCUCAUCGAAAGAUCGGAGGGCGAGUUCUUCCUUGACCUGGUCGAGGAAAUCACGCUCAAACAGUUCGUCGUCGAAGUCGCGGGCGUAGACAUCCUCGUCGUAGUCACGCUCGUACAGUUCGUCGUCGAAGUCGCGCUCAAAGAGGUCAUCCUCGUCGAAGUAACGUUCAUAAAGGUCAUCGUCGAAAUCACGCUCAAAGAGAAGAUCCUCGUCGUCGAAGUCGCGCUCAAAGAGCUCGUCAUCGAAGUCACGUUCGUCCAGAUCAUCUUCUUCACCGCGCUCGGCAAGUUCCACAACUUCCUCGCCGGCGAUAUCUCGCUUAGUAAAACCAAUGUUCUCCUCGGCGUCUUCGCUGCGCUCGUCCACAAACAUGGACUCGGAGGUCAUUCUCUUGCUGAGUUCUUCCUUGAUAGCGUCUCGGAGAACCUCAAGCUCGCGCUUGUCGUAUCCGUAGCAGACCUCGCCGGCGGCCUCGCAUCCACCACGUGGGGCGAGGUAUUCACGAGGCUCGAUGGGAGCAUCGCGCUUAGCCAGGUCACCGCCCUCCUCAACCUCAGAUCGAGGAAUGCCGGGGCAGGCCUCGAGAGUGCCGGUGCAUGA